UUUGGCAGCCCCAGCAGGCCCACACAGAACCCAGCUUCUGAACCGCCCAGUGCUCCUGUCCCAUGUGCAAGCUUAUAGACCCAUCUGGCCCCUGCAGCAGAAUCCCUGGUGGAUGGACCCCAAGAAUCCAGGUUUGAACAGGCUCCUGAUGCUCACUGAAGUGUCCUCUCCAUGGGCUCUCAAGGGCAGUGAAGGCUGAUUCCCCUAAAAACCUCUGGCCACUAGCUCCUCUGAUCACCAGCCUCCCUCUCUGUCCAAGAAGAUUUCACAUCUGGCCUCCAGGUGAACUGGCGAGCUCAUUCUGCGGAGUUGCUUCGUUUCCUCAGGCUCUCCCUGAGCCCUCUGGGAGCCAAGACAGGGCAGGGCUAAACGGUGAAGUCCGGAAACUCAGAUAAGUCAGAUCUGAGCCCUGCCCCGGAGGCACUCCUGGUCCACGGAGAGAGCGCUCCACACUGUGGCCUCUCCUGACUCGGCAGAUGCGCCUCCUGCCGCCUCCUCACCCGGUCGGGGCGCCCAGCCAUGGCCAGACCACCCGCCCCGGGCUCGGUGAUUGUUCCAGACUGGCACGAGAGCGCCGAGGGCAAGGAGUACCUGGCCUGCAUCCUGCGCAAGAACCGCAGACGGGUGUUCGGGCUGCUGGAACGGCCAGUGCUGCCCCCACCCGUGGCCAUUGACACAGCCAGCUACAAGAUCUUCAUGUCUGGGAAGAGUGGCGUGGGCAAGACGGCACUGGUGGCCAAGCUGGCUGGCCUAGAUGUACCCGUGGUACACCAUGAGACCACUGGCAUCCAGACCACCGUGGUAUUUUGGCCAGCCAAGCUGCAGGUCAGCGACCGUGUUGUCAUGUUCCGCUUUGAGUUCUGGGACUGUGGGGAGUCUGCACUCAAAAAGUUCGAUCACAUGCUGCCGGCUUGCAAGGAGAAAACAGAUGCUUUCCUCUUCCUCUUCUCCUUCACCGACCGCGCCUCCUUUGAAGACCUCCCUGGACAGCUGGCCCGAGUAGCAGGAGAGGCCCCUGGUGUUGUCAGGAUGGUCAUCGGCUCCAAAUUUGACCAGUACAUGCACACAGAUGUGCCUGAGCGUGACCUCACAGCCUUCCGGCAGACCUGGGAACUGCCCCUCCUGCGGGUGAAGAGUGUGCCAGGGCGGCGGCUGGCGGAUGGGCGCACGCUAGAUGGGCGGGCUGGCCUGGCCGACAUUGCCCACGUGCUCAAUGGCCUGGCGGAACAGCUGUGGCACCAGGACCAGGUGGCGGCUGGCCUGCUCCCCAGCGCCUCUGAGAACACCCCCAGCUGAUCCCUACUCCCAACUCUCAGGCGACCUAAGGAAGAGGGCGGCAACCAGGUCCUAAGGCCGAGGCAGGAAUAUCGAUGGCAUCCUGAGGGCUGGCCAGAGGGGCCUGUCAGGAGAAUGGUGCCCUGAGAAGCCUCCUGUCCCAGCAGCACCUUCCUUGCAGAAUUCAUGGCAGUGAGAUGGGGGCACAAGGCUCUGUGGGCCAGGCGACUGAGGGCACGUGGGUGCCCCCCGGCCUUCUCCCUCUGCCCUGGGUGUGUGUGUGGGGUCUAGACUCCAGAAGCUGAGGAACUAUAGGGGCAGGGCCCACUGGCCUCAAGCUUCUCCCCCAACUGCCUGUUACCCACUCCCUUUCUGCUGUACCCAGAGAUGGUGACUGGGAAGAGGGUUGUCCCAGCCGGGCCUUCGAUCAAGAGCCUGUAUUAGUUGAGGUGACACCAUCUGCUGUACCAGAUAAACCCCAAAAUAUCGGUGGCUUAACUCUACUGAAAA